AUGACAAGAAAAAGGGACGGUGUAGAAGUUCAUAAAGAUGAUGAGGAGAAAGAUGGUUGGUGUUCUAAUCCACCUGUGUCACCUUGUGCUGCAUUUGUUGAGAUCAUGGCUCCUGUAUUUUCUAGAGAUGCAUGGCGUUGUGUAUGGCAUAUGAUACAGUAUGACCUAGUUCAUAGAUGGGGUCUUGAUUUUACUCUCAGAAAAUGUGUGGAGUCAAUUCAUGAUAAAAUAGGAGUUGUUGAUGCUCAAUGGAUUAUCCACAAAAGUAUUUUUUUCACUUAA